AUGCGGGUUCAUCGUGUUGCCACACUGUCUGCGGUCUGUCUGUCGUUCCUCGGCGCUGUCGCGACUGCCAAGAAAUCGAAUCUCAACGGCUGGUACAAGUGUUCUGACGUCACGUUUUCCGACGAGGGGAACUCGACUGGUAUGAUCGCGGAGUGUGCGGUGUACAAAGCGCCGUUGUGCUACCCUGGUAUCUGUGUGGCUCCAGCGUCGGUGGACCCGACUGUCGACAUCUUUGUCAAGAGGCUCCCCGCAGCGUCUGAAGACCCUGCUACAGCACACAACGUGUGGCUUUUGCAAGGCGGUCCUGGGAUCUCGUCGAGCUCAUUGGAAUCGACCAUGAGCUAUCUGAACUAUCAGCUCGAAGGGAAAUUCAACAUUUACACGAUGGAUCACCGUGGCACGGGCCGCAGCACACGUCUCGACUGUGUGUCAGCUCAGGCCACGACUACUGGCUCUCCUUUCGGGAGCGAAAUUGAGCUGUCCGAAGUCACUGCGUGCGCGCAGGAUCUCAAAUACAAAUACGGCGACCUGGCUUCGUUUUCCAUAACGAGUUCUGCCACGGACAUUGCGACGUUCAUCGCCAAGUAUACGAACGGCGAAGACACUAUUGUGUAUGGUUUGAGUUACGGCACGACACUGGCAGAACGGCUCAUGCACCUGAAAACACCGACGGUGAUCGGCUAUGUGCUGGACGGCGUUGCCACGACCUCUGCAGCGGCGGAGGACAAGUUUCAGUACGUUUCGAAAAUGGAAGUCAACUCUGGGGAGAUGGGCGACGCUUUCCUUGAUGUGUGCAUCGACGACGAAGGCUGCAGUCGCCACUUCAGGCCCAGGAGUUUGCCUGCUUCCCUACGGCAUCUCAUCGAGAAAUUUGACAAGGAACCCCACUCGGCGUGCGCUCAGCUGGUAAAGAAGGAAGGCCUCAACCCUCGUGACUCACCGUCCUUAUCGCUCCGUAGUGUUCUGGGAUGGAUGCUACCUGAUCCGGCGUUGCGGGCAUUCAUUCCGGUGGUUGUCUACAGGCUGAGUCACUGUGAGAAAGGAGACCUCACUGUGUUGACGCGGUUCUUUACGAGCUUCAAGUUGUACAUUGAAAGAGAAAACCAGGACGUGGCGUACAGAUCUCUGCUUCUGUACCAUCUGAUCGUCUUCUCUGAAAUGUGGGAGACGCCUGCGCCGUCAUUCGGAGUGCUGAAAAAACGACUGGCAGACUCGACAAUGUACCCAGGUGAGUAUGAAAAGAUGCACGAGACGGGAUUGGUCGAGGCGAAUCAGUAUUACUGCGCUUAUUCCAAGGAGAAGUCACCGGCGUGCGACAAACUUCAUUUGGGCAACAACGGAUCAAGUGCGAUCAUCUACAAGCGCGACCGAUACUGGAACAAGACGUCAGUCAUUCCAAGCCACGCAAGCGUUUUGAUACUGAGUAGCAAAAUGGAUGCUCAGACGCCUCACAAGUACGCGAAGGCCCUGUUCAAAGGGAUGGUCGGUUCCAACAAAGAACUAGUGACUUUCAAGUAUGCUACUCAUGGCACCGUCAUGUCCACCGAGCUUGCUGGAGGAGGCGAGUUCACUGAAACAUGCGGAAUGAAGCUGCUGGGGUCAUACGUCAAGAAUGGCGGAAACCUCGACAGACUUGACAAGUCGUGCCUGAAAGAGAUGCCGGCAUUGAAUCUGACGAUACCGAUGGGACAGCGGACAUACUUUUUGGGUCUAACCGAGGAUGCGUACGAUGGUGGUACGACGAGAGCCAGGACCUCCCUCUCUGCGUAG